GACUCGCCCAUCUCGUUUGUGUUCGCGAGAGUUGUUGCUGCGCAAGGAAACACAUCUAACUUCGACAUGUUGCUGAGCAACGAGAGAAUUACAACUGGCAAAGACCAACUAAGUUAGUAGUAACGGUGUUGAAACGGGUGCAGGAUGAACCCUGGGUAUGCCAGGGCUGUAUCAGACAAAAAAAAGUUCUUAAAUGUUUUCAACAAGGACAAAACACUUAGCUUGGUGAAGAGAUUCACUACGGACUGCCAAAGUUUAAACCAUUCUAAUAAGACUGACCGGCAGCACAGAAUGAAACGACUGAGGAGCCGCAAGGAGAGGAGUCAGAUGAGAGAUAACCGAAAAGAAGCCUCAAAAUCCAAAGCCCAUCGCCAUCCUCACUGCCAAAGGGCUCAAGACAUGGCCUAUUCCCAGAACCGCUGUCAUAGUGGCUGUCAUUGUGCUUCACGGAGAAACGCUCCAUUUGCAAACAUCAUUCCUACGGCACAAGAGCCCUGCAUAAUCACGGACCGUCGCCUGAUAGGACACCAUGGCCUGUUCAACCACGAGGUGAAGUCCAUUGACAUAGAGCGCUUGCUAAGUGAGCGGAGGAAAAGUGGACAGCAAGUAGAACAAAAUUCUACUUCACGUCCAUCUUCAUCAUCUCCGGUUCCUUCGCUGUUCCUCGCUAAAGAUUUACUGGCUGCUGAUUCUGAUGAGGUUCUGCCAUUUCAAAGGAAAUCCGCCCCUGAUCAUUGCCGUAAGGAAGAGGAGAAAAUCAGUCAGCAAUCCGAAAUAACCCCGGGGAAAAGGCCGCAGCAACAGUUUGAUCCGUCACGUGAAAGCAUCUCCUCACACGAUGCAGCCAUAAUUCAGAGUAAGAAGACAGAACAUCUCAUGUCAGCAAAGGGCCGAGAGUCACCGCUGACUCUCACUGCUGUCAAAGAUAGAAAUGUGAAGACAUUACGCAGGCAGCUAAAUGGACACACAGUUUCUACUGUGGAGCACACCCGAAAUAACCCGCAGUCUCCCAUCCACCAGACCCCAGCUCAUGGUCCCAGCAUGAGCCCAACUCCGCUCUCCAGCUCAGACUCCGUAGAUAGCUUUGACAUACAGCCCGGACGGCAAGAUGCUCGCCCGGCAUCGAAGUCUGUUAGUGCGCUGGCAGCAGGUCUGUGUGACUUUCUGCAGUUCCCACUUCUGAGAAGAAGAAACCUGGUGGCAGAGAGCAGGGGGGUGCUGUUGAAAGCUCUACAGGAGAGGCAUGGACCUCUGCUUCAGGAGAACCUCCUGGCGGUGCAGCGAGGCCUCAGCUUGGGUGUUGAUCCAACAAAGAAAGUCAGGGAUGAGGAGCUAACUUUGACAGACAAGCUCUCGCCUCCAGGUGCAACAGCGUUUCAAUCUGAUGGAGAAGGUCAGCCGUGUUUCGAAACCCAGAAAACCACAUCUUUGCAAAUGACGGGAAGUGGACCUUUUAGCAGGAAGUCCAGGCCACAGCGACACCAAAACCUGAAGCAGUCUGCGGAUUGGUUGACAAGCCCCAUGGAGACUUCUCUCAGUGUUUUGGAUGAUCUCCUCACACCUACCUGCGCUCCUCUGGUCUGCAUGGACUUUGAGCCCUCCAAAAGGAGAACCAGUGAUACGUCAUUCUCUCCCACCUCACGCUGGGGAGGAACAGCCUCAGCAUCUCCGCACUGGGAACACGGUUUCAACAAGCCUAAGAAGAACAAUGGUGUCAUGUUUGAUUCCUUUGAAAGCCAAGCAGUUCCAGAGAGGAGCAGUGGGUCUCGAUACAGCAGCAGCGACAUGCAGCCUUUGUUUCCUUAUCAAAUGCAGCUGGCAGCAGAGCCAAUGCACCUUCCCCUGGACAAAGAGCCGUUGGAAACCCACAGCUACUAUUAUGAUACCUCCCGUUCCGCUCAACUUCCCCGUCCUCCACAGAGCUUCCAACCUUUGAGCCAGUUCAGUCAUCAUUCAACUUGCCCUCCAUCCAGGUCCAGCCUGCCCGACAUGACCCGUUACCCACCAUCUCACACCCUUGAAAGAGGCACGGCAGCUCCCCAUUCUUUUUUCCCGAGCCCUGACCGCUGGUCCUUCCCUCCUAUGCGACUGUACUAAUAAAUGUUUC